AUGCGCAUGCCAGGGCCUGUAAUUAGGGUCGGUGUAAACACUCUACACAUUAGCGACCCGGAGGUCUUCCAAGAUCUAGUGAAAACCAACUCGACUUUCACUAAGGAUCCUCACUUCUAUCUGAACAUCUCGUUUCCGGGGACUUUGAUCGGCGAGACAAACCCGGCUAGACACCGCGUCCGGAGAAAGGUCUUGGCCCCGGCUUUAUCGGGCUCUAGGGUACAAGAACUUGCUCCCGCAAUUUUGGCGAAGACGAAGCAGUUGGUUAAGAGGUUUGAGGAAGCGGCAGAGAAGUCAUCGCCAAUAUGUGUCACUUCUGCCGCAAAGGCCUUUACGAUGGACAUCAUCUCCAAGAUUAUCCUCGGUCAGGAGAUGGGUUGUGUAACGGAGCCUAACUUUCGCAACCAGCUCACGGAAUACCUAGAAGCGGGUUUCAAGAUAGGAUGGGUUGGCACUUCGUUCCCCACGAUUUCAGCCAUCGCGCUGAAAGCCGCAUCCAUGACUACAUAUAUCAUUUUCCCCAUGCCCCUAUUCAGCUUCAAGCGUGCCUGUCUUAACAUUACCGGGAGAUAUCUUGAAACUUUCAACCCGCACCAGGCCGGAGGCCCUCUGAGCAAUGCAACCCGGGAGUUACAGAAGAGCUACGGCGAGCGAUCGGCUGUUAUAGAUAUGCUUAUGGAUCCAAAAGCCGCCAAGGAUCAUCAAGUUCCCAACCUCGAGGAGCUAAACGACGAACUCGUCAUGCUUCUGACCGCUGGAAACGAUACCACUUCAACUGCUUUAAUCUACGGUCUUUACCAAGUAUACACCAAGCCCGCAGUCUACGAGAAGAUAUUCCGUGAGCUUUCGGAGGAGUUCCCGUCGCUCGAAGAAGAGAUCACAUACGAGCGUGUUAGGAAGCUACCUUAUCUGACUGCCACCAUUAAGGAAAUACUGAGAGUUGGAAGCCCUCUACCUGGACGCCUUCCUAGAACCGUACCCGAAGAAGGAUACCAACUCUACGGCAAAUAUUUGCAGCCAGGCGUCAACAUCCAAAUGUCUCCCUAUAUCCUUAACCGUCACCCUGACGUCUGGGACCAGCCGAAUGAAUUCAUCCCCGAGCGAUGGUUGACCGACGACGUUGCUAGGCUCGACAGGUAUCUAGCUACCUUCAACAAGGGGGCUCGCCAAUGUCUGGGCAGAGAACUGGCCUGGUGUGAGAUGUGGGUUGUUUUCGGAAACAUCUUCCGACGCUUCCAGAUUACGCCGCACAACACAACGGACAAGGACAUGGAGUGGAAGGAUUUGAUUCUCGUAGUAUAUAAGAAUAAAUUCUACGCUACAGUCGAGAAGCAUUCGGUAUAG